AUGGCGGACCGGGAGGAGGAGGCGGCGGCGGCCGGCGCGAGCGAGGAUUUUAAGAGGCCGGCUCUCCCUCCUCGGGAGAAGGAGGAGCCCGAGGCGGCUCUCCGGCCCGCACGGGGCCCUGCCCCGGAGCCGCCCCCCCUCCGCUACGAGGAGCCUCCCUGGGGAGGCGGCCCGGCGGAAGAGGACCCUUGGCUGUACAGCCUGGAGGCGGUGAAGGGCGGCGCGGUGCUGGGCCGCCUGGGCCUGGGCGGGCGGAGCCGGCUGGUGGUGGGGCGCGCCCCGAGCUGCGACCUCUCCCUGGCGCACCCGUCGGUGUCGCGGCACCACGCCGUGCUCCAGCGCCGCCCGCCGCCGCCCGCCGGGGAGGAGCGACAGGGCCCCGAGGCCGGCCUCUACGCCUACGACCUGGACAGCGCGCACGGCACCUUCCUCAACAAGGCCCGCAUCCCGCCCCGCACCUACUGCCGCGUCCGGGUGGGCCACGUCCUGCGCUUCGGGGGCAGCAGCCGCCUCUUCGUGUUGCAGGGCCCAGAGGAGGAUCAAGAGCCUGAAUCAGAACUAACUGUAACCCAGUUAAAAGAACUGCGCAAGCAGCAACAGGCAACAUUAGAGAAAACAAUGCUGGGAGAUGAUUCUGAUGAAGACGAUAAAAAAGAAAAGGAUGAAAAGAGAAGUGAAAACAGUUGGAGUAAUGAUUUGAGUUGCUCCUGGGGAAUGGGGGAAGAUGCGGAGGAAGAGGAGGGUGAAGAAAACCCAAUUGCAAUUGAGUUUCAGGAAGAGCAAGAAGCCUUUUAUUUGAAAGAUCCUAAGAAGGCAUUACAAGGUUUUUUUGACAGAGAAGGUGAAGAGCUAGAGUAUGAAUUUGAUGCCCAAGGAACUGGCACCUGGCUUUGUAGGGUAAAGCUGCCCAUAGAUGAUGUGUCAGGGAAGCAACUUGUAGCAGAGGCUAUCCAUUCUGGGAAGAAAAAAGAAGCAAUGAUCCAGUGUUCAUUGGAAGCUUGCAGGAUACUGGAUGCUCAGGGUGUGCUGCGCCAAGAGGCAGUGUCACGGAAAAGAAAAGCAAAGAAUUGGGAAGAGGAAGACUUCUAUGAUAGCGAUGAUGACACAUUCCUUGAUCGGACAGGAGUUAUUGAGCAGAAAAGGCUAAACAGAAUGAAGAAAGCUGGGAAGAUAGAUGAGAAACCAGAAACGUAUGAUUCGUUGGUUGCAAAAUUAAGCGCAACUGAGAGAGAGCUCUCUGAGAUAGCAGACAAGCUGAAAUCUUCAAGGACAGUGCAAUCCCAGUCAGCAGCUCAGGAUUCCUUGGAUGAAUUUAUGACCGAAAUAAAAUCAGGCUGCGCCUUAGACAGUGUGGCACGUAAAAAGCUUCACUUGCGGACCUUUGAACUGAGGAAAGAACAGCAACGUUUGAAAGGGUUAAUUAAGAUUGUGACUCCUGCAUCACUGCCUGAGCUGAAAUCCCAAGCUGGGAGUCAAGAUUUGGGAACUGAAAGCAAGCCUAGAAAGCUCACUUUGCCUCUCUUUGGCGCAAUGAAAGGGGGAAGCAAAUUCAGACUGAAAACUGGGACUGUUGGGAAGCUACCUGUGAAGCGUCCAGAUGUUCCUGCAAACCUAUUAAAUAUGAAAGAUGAGGGGCCGGAGGAGGAGGAAGAGGAGGAGGAGGUGGAAGAGGAAAAGGAAGCAACAAUGAAGGCAGCAAAGCAAAGCGCACGAAAAUCACAGAUGAAGACUGCAGCACAACAAUCACUCCAACCAGGAAGUCUCCCACCUGGUGCUUACUCAUGCAGCAACAAAGAUACGGAAUUAAUUCCUGAGGGAAUAAGGCCUCUGUCUGACCUUGUGAGUGAAGAUGAAACACUACCAGAGAGCAACUCCCCAGAUAAUGCAUUGCAAAAGAAGUCGCAAGCAUCUGAGAAGCCUGUAGAAAAACCCAAGAAUAAGAAAGCUAAUGCUGCCAGUAGGGUUCAACACACAGUGUCCUCACAAUAUCCAGAAAAUGACCCAGACUACUGCGUGUGGAUACCACCUGAGGGUCAAAGUGGUGAUGGGAGAACUCAUCUGAAUGCAAAAUAUGGCUAUUAAGCACCAUGUGGUAGCUUUGGGUCAUAAAAGACUGUGGUACACCAUUC